AUGGAUCCAAAAGGAGGUGCCCCAGAGGAUGGGAAACCGACACUUGACAGAAUCGCCACCGACGUGGGCGACAAAGAGGAGGUAUGCACCGAGUCAUCGACAACUGGAACCACCCAUGUUGACACAGGCACUUCCAUCCCAAGUGAGGUUACGCAGUCGCCAACGGCCAUGUCGACCGCCGUGUCAUCAUGGAGUGCGUCUGAAGAUCGCCAGCUCGGCCAGGGGACCGCUCAGGAUCCCACAGAUCGCGUCUUUCCCAUCCGAUCCGUCAUCAGUGUUGGGGAGCCUGGGCCGAUGGGGAGAAAGUCGAGCGAGCAGGAACCGCGACGGAAGAUGUCGCUUUCAGAGCCAGGACAUACGCCAAUCCCUCCGACCCCAGGUUUCGGCAAUGGGAAACAACUGGAGCUACAUUCGGAGCGUACUCCAUUUGCACGGGGCCGGUCUGCAGUUGCGGCUUCGCUGCCUGUGACUCCGGCAGCCGCUCCGUGGUCGCCGCCCGCUCCCACUGCGCGAGAGCGUCGACAACAGACUGUGUCAGGGUCGCUCUCCAGCAUUCAAGCGGACGCAGAAAGAUACGGCAAUCCCAUACCGCUCUCUCUGGCCGAUUCAUCCGACGAGGAGCAGGCCGUAACCGAAACACCGAGUCGCGCCGAGGAAACCCUAUCAGAACGCAAACCCUCCAUCGCCCCGUCGAUUCCCGACUCGCUCUACACAACUCGCUUCACGCAUGUCAUGACGGACGAGGGACACGCCGUCAUCACGGGGCGGGACGGGAAGCUGCAGCGGUGCGAGGAUGAGCCCAUUCAUACCCCUGGCGCGGUCCAAGGGUUUGGCAUGCUUCUGACUCUGCGUGAAGACGCCGAGGGCCGGUUGCAAGUACGGCACGUCAGUGAAAACUCACAAAAAUUCAUUGGGUACCGACCCCAGGAGCUGUUCGCACUCGACGAUUUUCUGGAUAUCCUCAGCGACGAGCAGGCCGAUAAUCUGCUGGACCAUGUCGACUUCAUUAGAGACGAGGAUGCAGAUCCAGCAACCAACGGUCCCGAGGUCUUCAGUCUGUCUCUCCGCCCGCCAAAUCAUGACAAGUCUGUCAAGCUGUGGUGUGCCAUUCACAUUAACCCGGCACAUCCCAAUCUCAUCGUGUGCGAAUUUGAGUUGGACAAUGACCUUCAAAAUCCAUUACGCCCUGUCGAUGAAGACACGCUUAAUCUGCCAGAGGAUACACUGCAGUCGAACCCGACCUUGGAAGAGCUCACCGAGUCCACCGAGAUUCUGAGCAAACCAUUGCGGGUGUUGAGGAGCGCGCGAAAGCGUAGGGGAGAGGCCGGCGCCAUGCAGGUGUUCGACAUUAUGAGCCAAGUGCAGGAACAGCUCGCCAACGCGCCAAACCUAGAGAUCUUUCUGAAAAUUCUGGUGGGCAUCGUCAAAGAGUUGACAGGUUUUCAUCGCGUCAUGAUUUACCAGUUCGAUUCCAUGUUUAACGGCAAGGUGGUCACGGAGCUUGUCGACCCAGCACUCACCAGGGAUCUGUACAAGGGACUGCAUUUUCCUGCCUCUGACAUUCCGAAACAGGCGCGUGAACUGUACAAGCUCAACAAAGUUCGCCUUCUCUAUGAUCGAGACCUCGAAACGGCCAGAAUUGUGUGCCGGUCGAUAGAGGACCUCGAAGUGCCCCUGGACAUGACCCAUUCCUAUCUCCGGGCCAUGUCACCAAUUCAUCUCAAAUACCUCGCCAACAUGGCUGUUCGCUCCUCCAUGUCGAUAUCGACUAAUGCCUUUGGCGACCUGUGGGGGCUGAUUGCCUGCCACUCGUAUGGCCCCAAGGGCAUGCGAGUCUCGUUUCCCAUCAGGAAGAUGUGCCGGCUGGUCGGCGACACAGUUUCGCGCAACAUUGAACGCCUCUCCUACGCAUCGCGUCUGCAAGCUCGCAAACUGAUCAACACGGUGCCCACCGAACACAACCCGUCGGGCUACAUCAUUGCCUCCUCCGACGACUUGCUCAAGCUCUUCGAUGCCGAUUUUGGAAUGCUUUCUAUUCGAGAAGAGACCAAGAUUCUAGGAAAGGUUGAGCAUUCUCAGGAGGCCCUGGCAAUGCUCGAGUAUCUCCGGCUUCGGAAAUUCACCUCCGUCCUCACCACGCAAGACGUCAAGGUUGACUUUCCCGAUUUGCAUUACCCGCCCGGGUUUCAGGUCAUCGCUGGCCUGCUAUACGUCCCCUUGAGCGUCGGCGGCAAUGAUUUCAUCGUUUUCUUCCGCAGGGGCCAGGUCAAGGAAGUCAAGUGGGCGGGAAAUCCGUACGAGAAAACCUUUAAAGAAGGGACAGAGGCCUACCUCCAGCCGCGGACGAGUUUCAAGGUGUGGAACGAGACCGUGGUGGGCAAGAGCCGAGACUGGUCUGAGGAACAGGUCGAGACGGCCGCAGUGCUGUGCUUGGUCUACGGCAAGUUCAUCGAGGUCUGGCGGCAGAAGGAGGCGGCGCUGCAGAGCAGCCGGCUCACAAGACUCUUGCUGGCAAACUCGGCCCACGAAGUGCGCACGCCGCUCAACGCCAUCAUUAACUACCUCGAGAUCGCGCUGGAAGGCUCCCUGGAUCAGGAAACCAGAGACAAUCUGUCACGUUCCCACUCGGCGUCAAAGUCGUUGAUUUAUGUCAUCAAUGACCUGCUGGAUCUCACCAAAACCGAGGAGGGCCAGGAGCUCGUCAAGGACGAGAUUUUUGACCUGCCAGCCUGCGUCCGGGAAGGGACGGAGCCCUUCAAAAACGACGCCAGGCGGAAGGGCAUUGAAUACGAGUUCAUCGAGCAUCCCGGGCUUCCAAAGUUCGUGUAUGGGGACCAACGUCGCGUCCGACAGGCAGUUGCCAACGUGACAGCGAAUGCCGUGCAGCACACAUCGGCCGGUCAUGUCAGGGUCGAGCUGUACCUGGCCGAACUCCUUGGGCGUCGAGUUCGGGUCGAGAUCGUGGUGCAGGACACGGGCUCGGGUAUGAGCAAUACCCAGCUCGAUGCCUUGUUUAGAGAUCUCGAACAAGUCUCUACGGAUGAGGGUGACGAUAUGUUCAGUCCGCUCGAGGGCGCCCACGACAAGGAAAAGCCGGAAAAGGACAGAACUCUUGGGUUGGGGCUGGCAGUAGUGGCGCGUAUCUUGCGAAACAUGGACGGCCAACUUCGGCUCAAAUCUGAGCCGGGCAAAGGAUCUCGCUUUGUUAUGCAGUUGCCGUUUGAGCUUCCCGAGGAUGCCGCCUCGGCAGACGGGACAGCGACAGCCUUGGGUGCCCUGUCAGAGACUUCCAGAACUGGAUCCGUCGCGGCAGCGUCGACACCUCGACCCACCGACGGAGAGGUCAUCGUCGUCAACAGGGGAAGCGGCGGAUCCACCCAUACCAACCAGUCGAUAUCAGCAAAGAAAAGCUUUGAUGACUCCAAAAGCACGCACAGCCACCGUAGCAUAGCCAGCAAGAGCAGUGCCAAGAGUGGGAUGAGCGACGCCGAACGGUUAAUCGAUGCUAUCCAAACACCCAUCACCUGGGGCGAGUUGGACCCUGAAUUAGCCAAACAACGACGGAGCUCCCGAGGCGCAUAUUACAAUCCACCAGCACCAGGUACCAAAGACGGCCAUGCAACACGCUCUCUGAGCCCUACAGGGCGGGUCAGGCCAUCUGAACCUACUCGGUCAGGCUCUUCUCCCACCAACAUCAAACAGCAGUCACAACCUCUCACCGAACCCCCUGCCUCUCACGAAAGCCCACCGGGAGUGCGGUUCAUCAACGACUCCAGGACCCCGCUGAAACCUGUACGCAUACCAGACGAGUACCACGACAAGCCAUCGCUGCCUCAGCAGAGCGAGAUGUCGGGUAUCCUCUUUGAAAUACCGCCCACCCCUGACGUUCGAGAGGACACCUGGAAGGUUGCCGCCUCGACGAGUGCGGGCGAGGUUGUUGCCACGCCAGGCUUGGAAGUCCUCGUUGCCGAGGACGAUCCGAUCAACCUCAAGGUUUUGAGGAAGCGGUUGGAAAAGGCUGGGCACAAGGUUUCCCAUGCGCUGAACGGCGAAGAUUGCGCGACAAUGUAUGGGGAGAAACCUAGGGGCUAUGAUGUGGUGCUCAUGGAUAUGCAGAUGCCCAUCGUGGACGGCCUUACUAGCACCAAGAUGAUCAGGACAUUCGAGACAUCGAGCAGCCGCCCUCAGCCCCCCGAACUGUCCGCCAUUGCGCAGAACCAUGGGAGAAUACCAAUCAUUGCGGUCUCGGCGAGCUUGGUGGAGAGGGAAAAGGACACGUAUGUUGAUGCGGGAUUUGACGGGUGGAUUCUGAAGCCCAUCGACUUCAAGAGGUUGGAGGAGCUGUUGAAGGGGAUUGUGGAUGAUGGGGUGAGGGAGAGGGCGUUGUAUGUGCCGGGAGAGUGGGAGAGGGGGGGCUGGUUUGCUGCGAGGAGUGGGCAGCAGGAGGCGAUGGUGAAUUAG